UUCCGUCGUGGCCGGAAAGAGUUUGCAGUGCUGUCAUUGCCCCAGCUUUCUUUUUCCUGGGCCAGACUCCGGCAGAGUGCACAAUGGGCCGUGUAAUACGAGGUCAAAGAAAAGGUGCAGGUUCUGUUUUCAGGGCCCAUGUGAAACACAGAAAGGGUGCAGCAAAGCUGAGGGCUAUUGAUUUUGCUGAAAGACAUGGCUAUAUCAAGGGCAUUGUAAAGGAUAUCAUUCAUGAUCCUGGUCGAGGAGCCCCUCUUGCCAAAGUGGUUUUUCGCGAUCCAUAUAGGUUUAAAAAACGAACAGAACUGUUCAUUGCAGCGGAGGGCAUUCAUACAGGACAGUUUGUUUAUUGUGGCAAGAAAGCUCAGCUCAACAUUGGCAAUGUCCUGCCUGUUGGUACAAUGCCAGAAGGCACCAUUAUCUGCUGUCUUGAAGAGAAACCUGGAGAUCGUGGAAAACUAGCUCGGGCUUCUGGAAAUUAUGCCACCGUUAUUUCCCACAAUCCUGAAACAAAGAAGACCAGGGUGAAGCUGCCCUCUGGAUCUAAGAAGGUGAUCUCUUCUGCAAAUCGAGCAGUUGUUGGUAAAUAUUACCCCUAACAUUUCUGAACCUAA